AUGUCAGUUAUCAUUCGGCUGAAAAAUUUGCCCAUCACGGCGGCCGCUUCUGAUGUUCGCACUUUUUUUUCCGGUUUGAAAAUUCCUGAUGGCGCUGUUCAUAUUAUUGGUGGCGACGAAGGAGAAGUUUUUGUCGGAUUUGCUUCUGAUGAAGACGCAAGAAUUGCAAUGACGAGAGACAGAUCUUUAAUACAUGGCGCCGAGAUCCGCUUGCUCCUCUCUUCCAAAUCAGAACAAAAUUCGGUGAUUACUGCUCGGAAAAAUGGAACAUAUGCCUCUCCAGAAUCAUAUGAAGAGUACGUUCCGACAGCUCCAUCCCAGCCUUCAGCUCCACAGGCUCCACAAAGUUGGAAUUCUCAACCAGCGCCGAACCCAUACGCCGCAACGUCGGGUUAUGAGGCCUCGUAUCCUCCACAGAAUUCCAACGCUGCUCGCUCAAAUUUCAACAAUCAAAACAAUUACGGUAGUCGUGCAGAUAUGCCACAGCUCCAAUCUCCUGGGAAGCCGAAGGAAACAUUCGGUUAUGGUUAUAAUAAUAGUUAUAAGAAUACGCAUCAACAACAAGGUCCUCCUUCUCACAAUGUGAAUCAACGAUUCGGUUCAAAUCCUUCUUCCUCGAACCCUACGGAACCGUUGAAAAGUAGACCCACUCCACCAGUCCAAUAUCAACAGAAUCAAGCACAUCAAGAACCACCGCAUCAGAAUGGACCUCAUCAAAAUGGGCCAAAUCAAAAUCAGAGAUUCUCGAACUACGGAAUUAAAGGAGGAAAUCAUAGCGGAAACAGAACAAAUAAUUUUCAUGAACCUGGAAAUGAAGCAGUGCCUGGAGGAGAUUCAUGGAGGGAUAAUACUUAUAACCAACCGCCUCGCAAUGAUUUCAAACAAGGUUACAAAGGAGAUUACAACAGUGAGUACCGGGAAGAUUUCAAAAAAGAUUCCAAGAGCGAUUUCAACGGAUCAAACAAGUUCAAUCAACAACUUCCUCCUAGAAAUGGUCCCUCUUUUGACGGAAACCCACAAUCAAAUAAUCGCUUUCCUCCACAAAAUGGGCGAAAAACUUUGAUGCCAACACCACAAGUUCCUUUCCAAAAUGCUCCUCCUGCUUUCUCAUCUCCACCACAGCAACAAGGAAACGCUGUUCAUCCUGGCAACAAACCAUUCCAAAAUGGUCCACCGCCCGUCAUGAAUCAACAAAGAAAUAUUCCGCCCAUAUUCCCAAAUAAUGCAGCUCCUCCAAUGCAGAAUAACAUGAAUCGUGGACCACCAGCAAAUAUCAAUCGUCUUCCUCCCGUACCAUUCCAGAACCCGAUUGGUGCUCAAGCACCAUCAGUUCCUGCUUUCAGCCAAGCUCCAGUCAUCCCAGUUAUAAACAAACCUGCCACAGUUGGAAAUCCAUUGGAAAAGUUUUAUAUAGAAUUGACGCGUAUUCCCACCGACUUGCUCCGUCCAGCUGCUCUUGAAGCUUUUAUUCGUCCUACAUUACCGCUUACUCUCUCAUCAGUGAAGACAGUUUUUGGUCCCGGUGGAAUCCACAUGCAUACAAUUAUUCGUCUCGAUUCAAUUGCUGACUAUGCAACAAUGAUGAGAAGAAAUGGUGAACAGGGGAUCAAAAUCACGCAGUCUGAUAAGAAAUCGUUCGAUUCUGCAAUUGAUGGAGCCCCCAUUCCUAUCGCGGUCUCAUCUGUAAUUACAGAAAAGAGAGAUGAUGAUGAUAGCAAAAAAUUGAAAAGAAGUAGAUGGGAAACUGACAGUCCGCAGAGAAGUCCAAGAAGAAGUCCACCUCGUCGAAAUAUCAGAGACAGAUCGAGAAGCAGAAGUCCUCCUCGUAGAAGAAGAAGAUCAAGGAGCCCACGUAGACUUGAUGAGCACACUGAUCCAACAAGAUGGUGCAUUCAGGUGACCAAUGUACCAUUUCGUAUGAAAGAAGAGGAGUUGCUUGAAUGGUUCGCAGAGAAAGUCCGCCCAGCAAAACUUGUUCGAACAUUUUAUUCAGAUGGAAAUGCAUCCGAUAGAUGGGUGGCUGAAUUUUCAAGUGAAAGUUUGAUGCGACGAUCGUUUUCAAUUCGAACAUUAUGUGUGGGAAGAACUCUCAAACUUUCUUAUAUUGAUAAUGAGAAAGCUGAUGAGAUACUCAAAAUAGAAGAUGUAUAUGGAGAAGAAAGACGUCAUAAGAAUGAGGAAGCGAGAAUGCAACAGGAAGAAGCUGAAAAGUCCAAUCCUCCUUCAUUUUUCAACGCUCCCCCAAUUUCACGCCCGCCUAUCUCUAAUCCAAUUCAACGCCCAGUGAUGCUCCAAAAUCCAGCCGUAGCUCCAAAUGGUCAUAAUGGUCCCCCGCUAAACGGCAUGAAUGGUUCCAUUGCCCCUGCUUUCAAUGGACAGUCUCAACCAGUACGAGGAGGAUUUAUUCCUCGUGGAAAUGGUUUUCCACCACCUGCACGAGGAGCCAUGAUGCAACGUGGAGGGCACGGCGGUAAUCAAGGUUUCCAUAAGAAUGGGGGAAAUAAUUUCAAUGCUCAAGAGCCACAAGGAUCGUUUGGAAAUCAAGGUCCAGACUCUUUCCGAGGAGGGCACCGUGGUGGUUUCCGCGGUGGACGUGGACGAGGCGGAUUCAAUGGAGCCUUUCGAGGAGAAGAAAUUCAGCCGUCGAGAAAUGAAUUUAUGGAGCUUGUCAAAUCAAUCGGUCCUCGUGGAACCGUGCUUACCUGCAACGGAUUUCCCAAAGAUGUUACUCUAGAAGACGUGGUUGACUUCUUCAUCGAUUAUGAACCUGAUCGCAACUCGAUUCGGAUACGAAGAGGAGAGGAUGGAGUGAUGACUGGAGAGUGCAUGCUCGCAUGUAUGAGCCCAGAGAAUGCUCGUCGUGCUUCCGUCGAUCUUGAUGGUCAAAAGCUUCGGAACUCCCCCAUCACUGUUCGAGUUCUUUGA